AUGGGGGUGGAAUCAUCUUCUCAUGACAACCCCUUCUGCGGGGGAAUGACUAUAGGCUCCCAAGCCAACAUGGCCUUCAUUGGCUCCCACCAGUCCGCAUCAGGCAUGUACGGGCACACAAGGGUUAUCUCAAGUUGCUUCGCAAUAAUAGCCUUAGCCAGGACUCUGGGUAUCAACACCCAGGGCGGGUUCGCCCAAAUAUUCGGGCCAACCCAAGACGCCGCCAAAGCACCGCCAUCGGUAGAUGUCGAGAA